UCGUACCGUUCAUAACAAUGCACACAUAUUUAAUAACAAGUGGGGGGUGCGAGAGACCGCGCGAGUGGGCGAUCUAAUUCGUAUGGUGAGUGAGCCGACUGCCGAGUCGAGUCAGUUCGCACAGAAAAGUGAGAGGCGCGGGCGUCGUGCAUCGACUUGCCGGCCUCGAAAACUUUACCUUUGAACUCAUUUGCAUACCAUUUUAAACCUUAUCACCUCGCAGUAGAGUAUCAUUUAGGCGUGUAGUGAUUUUUUAUGGUGUGUCGAAACAACCGCAGCCAGUGACCCCAUUGUGAACACCAGUGUAGUGCAAAAUGAAUGAAGAAAAUUCAGUUGCCGAGGAUAUGAAGCGGCAAGCGGCAAUGUUUUACAACACAACGCAGAGGGAGCCAUCCAAAGACCAUCAGAUGACAUGGCGUUUCUGGCAGCGGCGGCGGCUCGUGGUGGCACUCCUCGCCUUCUUCGGGUUUUUCAACGUAUACGCGCUCCGAGUGAACCUGUCGGUUGCAGUGGUCGCCAUGACGGAGCCUAUGGAGACUAAACUGGACAACGGCACUGUUGUAUUUAUCCCGGAGUUCGACUGGAGUUCGCAGACCAAAGGGUUGGUGCUGAGCUCAUUCUUCUACGGUUACCUGGUGACGCAGCUCCCGGGCGGCUGGCUUGCUGCUAAAAUAGGAGGUAACAGGGUGUUCGCGAUCGGAAUAGGAGCGACGUCCUUGCUGACGCUGUUUACGCCGCCGCUCGCGCACACAAGCACUGCGCUACUGAUCGCGGUUAGAGUCAUCGAGGGACUGUUUGAGGGCGUGACGUACCCGUGCAUCCACGCGGUGUGGUCGCGCUGGGCGCCGGCGCCGGAGCGCGCGCGGCUGGCCACGUUCGCGUUCAGCGGGAGCUACGCGGGCACGGUGGUGUCGAUGCCUAUCUGCUCGCUGCUCGCGCACUACACGGGCUGGCCGGGGAUAUUCUACGUCUUUGGGAUUAUGGGUUUAGUGUGGACGACGAUAUGGUGGAUAGUCGUGAAGGAAUCCCCGGAGAAAGAUCCGCAUAUCACGCCCGCAGAACUCAAAUAUAUACAGGACUCGCGCGGCACUCAAGCGGUGGAGGGGUCCAAGAUCCGUCACCCGUGGUGGGCGAUGCUCACCUCGGGCCCCGUGUGGGCCAUCGUGAUGGCGCACUUCAGCGAGAACUGGGGCUUCUACACGCUGCUUACGUUCUUGCCUACCUUCAUGAAAGACGUGUACAAGUUCGAGACGUCGCAGACGGGCUGGCUGUCGGCGGUGCCGUACCUGGCGAUGGCGGUGGUGCUGCAGGUGGCGGGGCACGCGGCGGACUGGCUGCUGCAGCGCGGCCUGCUCUCGCGCACCAACAUACGCAAACUGUUCAACUGCGGAGCCUUCCUGUCACAGACAAUAUUCAUGGUGGCUGCGGCGUAUUCAUCCACAGUGGUGGGGUGCGUGGUGUUCCUCACCAUCGCUGUCGGCCUCGGCGGAUUCGCCUGGUCUGGAUUUAGUGUAAAUCAUUUGGACAUCGCACCACCGCACGCCAGCGUCCUCAUGGGUCUUUCAAAUACAAUUGCUACGUUACCUGGAAUUAUCAGUCCACCAUUAGCAGGCUCCAUUGUCACUAAUCAGUCAGCGGAGCAGUGGCGAACUGUUUUCUUCAUAUCCAGCGCCAUCUAUCUGAUAGGCGCGGUGGUUUACUACUUCUUCUGCUCGGCGGAGAAACAGCCGUGGGUGGUGGACGUCGACUCGGACGCGUCGUUCGACACAGAUGGCGCCUCUGUCACCACCGCUCGCGGUUACGAUAAUAAAGCACUCGAUCACAACUCAGAAAUGUAGGUGUAUAUGUACCGUACCGUACCGAACUAGACCGUAUUAAUUAACCAACCUCACUCUUGAGUAAGAUCUUAAGUAAACAUUUUAUUAAUAAAACUUGAGCUGGCGUUUUGUCAGCAGAGCCGGCGCUAUUUAAUAAACAAAGAUCAGUUGUCGAAUGCAUUUGCUGUGACUUAAGAUAUAUUUGAAAUGUUGGUAUCAUUUAAUUAAAUAGCGACGCUCUUGAGAUGCUGAGUGACGGCGUAUCACCUAAUAUCACACUUCAGAGCGAAUCUGAGUUGUAUAAAUUAAUACGGUCAGCAGACAAAGAGAACGGACUAUGUGCUAUUCAUGUUGGUAAUGAGGUAUCUACAUGUAAUAUAGAGAAUGGGUACCUAUACAACUAUCAAGUGAAUGUUCAAGCGUCAAGCCUUUUAAUUUUCGGGGGUAGGCAGAGGUCUAUCACAUCUCAAUUUCGCUGGCUAUGUUAGGUCCUAUGCAAUGUAAAAAAAAAAUUAUGGUCUCACAUUCAUUUUGCGUAAUUCUAGUGGUAAAUAUUAUAAAGGUACUCUGCCCUUUACUGCCGUACUCUGUCUAUGUAUACACCUAACAGUGUUCAUAACUGGAUACUACACCCCACAUUAGGUAGAUUAAAAAAUUUAAACACGAUGAACUCUGCAGACUGUUGAUUCAAAAAGGUAGCGAAGGAAUAUAGCCAAAAUGAUUAAUGCAAAUCAUUAUUUAGACAAUGCAUUGCAUGCAUACAAAAUCUAAUGUGAUGUCAGAAUGUUUAUUGAUACAUUAAAACUAAUUACAUACAAAAUAAUAUUAUGUAAUCUAAAAUAAAAUAGGUAAAAUAUGUAACAUCACCUAUUUUGCGAAAAUGUAGAGUUCGUAUACAAAAUGUUCAAUCAACAAUUAUGAUAGUAUUGUAUAUUGUGUGAUAAAAGUAAAAUGUAUAAAGGAAUUAAAAUAUCACUUUAGAAUAUAAGAUAUCUGACUGUUAUGUAAUUCUUGACUAUAACUUUAUUACUAUUUGUAUAUAACUCGAAUGCAGCUAAACAUUUUUCGUCGUAUCAAAGACAAUUGCAAUUUAAAUCGAUGUCACAAUCGAUUACGCAACAUAUUAAUACAAUCGAUUUUGAUCGUUCCAACCAUUUUAAUUAUUUCAAAUUUAAGGACAGCUAAUGAUUGGCUUACGGAAGAUAGAAGAAUAUUUUGACCUGAAAAUAAUUGUACGAAUCAUUCCCUAAACUACGUACGAUAUUAUUAAAUUACGAAAUUAUUCAUUUUAAAUAUUUUAUUGUCAUUUUUUAUAAUGUCAAACAUAAUGUAUAGAAAGAUUUUUGGACUAAUCUAAUGCAUAUGAACGUAAUGUUAGAUUAGUGUGACUGAAUAAAAAGUUGGGAGACAUCCCAGAAGUAAUAUUUGGUGCCAGACUAUUGCACAAAUUAUUUUCAUUUAAAUUCAAAUGAGUUUACAUUACAUACUACAAUUACUUUCAAAGAAGAGCUGUACAAAUUUGCAAUUCCACAUACGACAUUGUAAAAAUGUAUAUUUUUUUUUAAUAAUAUUUUUGAUAUACUAUUUUCUGGCAUUUCAUGUUGAUUAUCAAAAUUAUAUUUAACUUAUGUACUUUUUAAUAUUUAUCAAAAUUAUAUUAGAAUUUAUGUAAUUAUACGUUUCUUUCGACAUUUCUUUUUCGCGCUUAGUAAUAUUUGUAGUUUAGUUAUAACGGUAUGUCGUGUAAGGUAUAACCAGCUGCCAUUUUCAAUAAAUGUUCCCGAUAUCUUUUUCCGAUCUAUCGCAAGAAUAGACCGAUCAGAACAAAGUUUCUAUACAUGCUUACAAAUGACUUAUUUUUAUUGGUUUGUUCUUGAAUUCGGAUUAAAGAUUGAGAUUAGGAUCGUUUAUUAAAAACGGCCUAUAGUUAGAAAGGAAGAAAGAAAAGAAGGAGUUGACAAAGUUUUGAUAGUAAAUUGUAAUUAGUAUUUUUUUUAUUGUACAACAUUACAAAUCAAACAUCUAACAUUGCAAGGAAAUUCUCAUAUUCCAUGCUACGUGAUGAUUUAUGUUACCGAAUAUAAUCACAAGAUCUGCUUAUAUUAUGUGUAUUAGUUACAAUGUGAUAUUUUAGAUUUAAGGCCAUUUUCAAUGAUAAGUAAUCCCCAAGUUUUCUGGUCGCGUUGGAGGUUACGAACAGGGUGACAGUAGUGACAGGUUGUUAGAGAAAACAGGGUGACAUAUUAUUAGUUCCAUAUGGUUGACAAUGCGUAGACCAUAAAGAUUAUAAGUGGUAAAGCAACUCUAACGCGCCUAAGAAAUUUGGAGAUAGUUAUUCUUAAAUCAUUUUUCCUUUAUAUCAGUUCCUUGCUAACAGGGAUGUAUUAAAGUAAGAUUAAAUGCAAUCAUCAAAUUAAUGAAGUAAAUUGUCGUGAGAUUUCUAUGCGCACGCGACUAUCAAACAUAUUAAUUGUCAAGGUUUUAGUUUUAGCUCAUUGUAAAUGAACUUGCUUGUAAUGUAUGUAUACGAGAUGAUCAAAUAAAAUAGAUUGUAAAUAUA